AUGUUAAAUAAAAUCUUUUAUUCCUUUCCACGUUUCUGCACAAUAUUUCCAAAAAGAAAUUUUGCCAUAGAUUAUCUCUAAGAUGUUGAAAUUAUAACAAGAGAUUACUAUGGAAGUUUAAGAAAUAUUCUUAAAUCUUUUUCUAAUCAUAAAAUCAACCUUUCUGAUAUCGAAACAUUGAAAUUGAAUCGUACGACAAAGUAAAAUAGUAUUAACUAUGAUAGAGGCUAGAAGAUUGUUGUAAAAUUAACAUUUGAAAAGAUAGAUGAUUACAAAUUUAAUGAAUUACUUUUUGAUCUCUAAUAAAGGUAUGAUGAAGUUGUGAUAGACAAUGAUUCUUAAAUACCAGUUGUUCCAUGGUAUCCAAGAAAUGAUGAAGAUCUUAAAACAAGUAUUUCAAUUAAAUUUUACUUUAGUUGGCUUAAUUAUGGAAGUGAAAGAAGAGAACAAUUAAGACCAUCCUUAAUUUAAAGAUUUAGUGUAUAGAAAAAGAAGAGAAGAAAUAGCUAAAAUAUCUCAAUAACAUUUAAUUGGAGAACCAAUUCCAUAUAUUAGUUAUAAUUAAUAAGAAGAAGAAACAUGGAAAAAGAUAUAUACCAUUUUAAGAGAACGUGUUGAAAAAGUCAUGUCUCAAAGAUACCUUAAGAAUUUAGAAAAAAUAGAAAAUGCUUUAGGAUUUAAAUAUAAAAUACCUUAACUAAGAGACAUUGAUGCUUAUUUGAAAGCUGAAACAGGUUUUAGAAUCAAAGCUACACAUGGAAUCCUUAGUCAAAGAGAAUUUUUAAAUGCUCUUGGUCAUAGAGUAUUUUGUUGUACUUAAUAUAUCAGACAUCAUUCAACUCCUGAAUAUACUCCUGAACCAGAUAUAGUUCAUGAACUUGUGGUAAUAUAGAUUCUUAAUAAAAAGGGUCAUGUACCAUUAUUUGCUGAUAAGGAAGUUGCAGACUUAUCUUAAGAAAUAGGAAUUUUAUCAUGUGGAGCUGAAUAAAAAGAUUUAUCAAGACUUGGAACACUUUAUUGGUUCACACUUGAAUUUGGAGCUUGUAAAGAAAAUGGAUAAAUUAAAGGAUAUGGAGCAGGAAUUGCUAGUUCUAUAGGAGAAUGUGAUGUAUCUUAAAAAAAAUAAACUUUUCUAGAAUUUCCCGAAAGCUAAUUAUGAAAAAUUUGAUCCAUUUAUUCAUGCUGACAGACCAUAUCCUAUUUAGACUGUUUAACCAACAUUUAUGUACACAGAAAGUUUUGAAGAAGCUAUGCAAGAAUUGAUUAUUUUUGGAAAAAGUCUCUAAAAACCAUUUGGAUUAUACUAUGAUUUUAUUGAAAAAGAGUUAAAAGCUACAAAAAGAAUUAAAACACAUUUGUUAAAUCCAUGA